AUGAUGCUCGUGCUUAUUACUGUCUCUCUAGUCGCCUUGUUGGACUUGAGUGAUGCACAGUGUUUUCUUACGAAAAGUGUCACUCGUACUAGUCCCUAUGGUACAAAGGAAACAUAUUGCGAAUACAAGAAAUUCCAGUUUGCGGCUGGAUGUACUUUUCAAUUGGCCUCUCCAGAAUGUAUCAAGUGUAACUGCACAAGUACGAUGAUGAACUGUUGCAUGUAUGGUCAAUCGGCUAGCAAUGUGCAUGCAGAAGGUUGCAAUGUAAUAAAUGACUUUUGUGGCAUUGUCCUAGUCGAUCCAAAGGAUCCGAAGAAACUAUGUACACCUUCUGAAUCCAUAACCAUUUUGUAG